AUGAUGGAGGCCAGGACCAACUACGCCGAGCACCACGGCCUCACGAUCGAGCAGGUCACCGAGGAGAUGAUCAAGGGCUCUGAGAAGGGUCCUGUUCACUGGGCGACGGUGAAGACGAAUGUGUCAGCCCGUUCGGCCACGGGGCAGGCUUUCCAAAGAGCCCUGAAGCACAGACCGGACGUCCGCGAACUCUACCAGGUUCUCUUGGAUUCGGAAAAGAUCGCAUUUCGCCAAGCAUGGUCAUGCACGAAAAGCUUCGAGUUUACAACCGCCCGCCGCUCCACUACGAACACGUUCAGGCGGCGAAAGGAGGACGUCGGUGUCUUCAAGACGGAGUUGCAGCUCCAGCAGCUGCUUGGCGGAGCGGACAAGGCCGAGGCUGUGUCCCAGGCUAGCAACUACGUGAACAUGUGCAUUCGGCCGGACUUGAAGCCCUUCUGCUACAUGUACAACGAUUGGUUGAAGGCCGACACGUAUCUGUGGGUGGAAAGUUUGGUCUCUACUGCUUCCGAGACUGCCUGGAUGAAUGAGGUGACGGUGGAGUCGGAGAACCCCCUUUCUGGCAGCUGGUCUGAGAAAGCUGAGUUCUGCAAGGCUGUACGGGUGUAUGCUGUGGAAUACCAAUGUGCUCCCAAAGAUGUCACUUUGGAAAUGCUACAGCAGACGACACUGGGAGUCAAGGGCUUUGCAAAGCUCUACGAGUCCACUCCCGCGGCUUUCCCUCAGCCUGGUGGCGAUGGCUCCGCUUCGAACAAUAAGCAGACGGCCGCGAACCCACCUGCACCGGCUGCUCCCAAGGCUAAACCGGCGGCUAAGGGCAAAGCUAAGGCUAUGAAAACCGGCGAUGGUGCUCAGGGUCCUGACGGUGAGAAUCCUCUGCUUGGCUCUGGGGGAGAUGGAGAUGAAGGCCAGGGUGCUUCUAAGAGGCCCAAGAAAGGUGCAGGCAACCCCACCGGCAAAAAGGAGCGAGAAGUCAAAGAGUUCUUAGCCCUGGAAGCCGAAAGCGACAAUGUGAUGUCGAAGAUCGCAUCCUCUAUGAGUGCCAACCCCGCUGUUUGGAGUUGGGCGAAGGAUUUCGUCCAGCAGUAUCGGAGUCUCCGAACGGAGAUCCUUGCUAUGUACGCCGAUGUUGAGUUUUUUGGCCAAAUGAAGAUCGCGGCACUGAGUGCCAAGGAGACUUCUCGGCUGAAGAAGAUCUACGGGCUAGAUUAUCAUUCAAAGUUGUGCGAGUUUUGUCUGCAGAUGGGCCCGAAGAUUGCGAUGAUGUCCGAGUGUACAAGCAAGAUUCGUUCUAUGUCCGAUGCUCAAGCUGAAGCUGCCGCCGGCACCCCUUCAAAGGCUUCUACGAAGUCGAAAAAGAAGGAAGUGAUUGUGCCCGACGACGAGACCCAACGGCGACUUCACAGCUUGCUCCGCUACAGCAAGAAUGGUCGGGGACGAUGCUUGAAGGCGGCCUUCCCGCCGCUGGGUCUUCGUAGAGGCCAUCGCCUGGAGCCAUCUGAACAUCUUUUGGACGUGGACAACUUUAUCCAUCUCACGACACCAUUCAGCUGUAUCUUCUACACCGGCGGGACGCACGGUCGCAUCCUCCAUCGAUCACCUUUUUUGAGAAUACCUGGGGUCUCGAUCGACUGCUGGUGCAUAGAUGUGCUCCACACAUGGCAUUUCGGACCAUUGUCCUCGUAUGUCGCACAUUCGCUGCGAACCCUGAUUUCUUCGCCGGUGUAUCAGCCGGCCAGUUAUAAGGACCUGGAGAAAGAGGAGGCUGACAAGCUCGCCUUGCUUCAUCUUCGUGCGGAACUUUGGUCGUUCUACAAGAGACGCCGAGAAUCAGACGAAGAUUGGAAGAGAAAAGGCUCAGAGGUGUGGAACCUGACCUUGACCAUGAUUGCUGGAAAAUAUCUCAAAGCGAAAGCUGCCGAGACACAUGGGCUGCUCAACUUCGUCGUCGAUAGACUUGCAAAGCAUUCGGAACAACUGGCUUCGACGACUGAAGCUGCUUCUGUCGAUCUGUUGCUGAGAGCAGGCACUGCAGCGAUGGACUUCGAUGCAGUGCUGGCGGCUCACCCGAGAGCGGUCGAUGCCGACACUUGUGCACUGCUCUUCGACAACUACAACAGGUUCAUCUGCCUGGCUGCCAGAGCCCAGAUCCCUCUCAUGCCUAAAUGUCAUAUGAUGUACCAUAUGAUUCAGAGGGCACUGCUGAAGGGGAAUCCCCGCUUUUACUCCACUUACAUCGACGAAUCCCUGAACGGGGCGAUCGCCCGUGUGUGCCGGUCGGUUCACAGACGAGGAUGGGCACUUGCAGUGUAUCGCAAGCUUUCUAUGCUUGAACAGCUGUUGGCAGAGGAUGAGGAUUGA